CGCAUAGACUGUAGGCGAGAAAAAUUCAGAAAACAUGUCUGGAAGAUUUGAGCCCAAAGUUCCCGUCCAGCUGGACCCUCCAAAGGACGACCCGAUAUCUCUUGGAGACUUGGCCAAGGCUGACGGCACAAACGGAGAAAAGAGCUAUGUUGCAAUCAAAGGCAAAGUUUAUGAUGUGUCCGGCAACAAGAUGUACCAGCCCGGAGGCUCAUACCAUGUCUUCGCCGGCAAAGAUGCUUCCAGGGCAUUAGGGAUGACGUCUGUCAAGCCGGAAGACGUCCGACCAGACUGGCACGAUCUUCCUGAUAAGGAAAAGGGCGUUCUUGAGGACUGGAUAACCUUCUUCUCAAAGAGAUACAACGUGGUGGGAGUUGUAGAGGGAGCCACCAACCAGUAAGUGGCUGGUGUUGUGUGUCAGCAUGAAGGGAAUCCACUCGGUCAAAGCAAGACUCCCCCAUCGCCGUCAUAAAUACCGUGCAUCAGGCUUCAAUGUCA